AUGCUAGACCAAACGACUGAGGCGGGCGCGAGGAAACAGCCCAACAUUCUGUUCAUUAUCACUGAUGACCAAGAUCUCGAGCUGGACUCGAUCAAUUACACGCCGUUGACGUUGAAGCAUAUACGGCGGAAGGGGACCUUUUUCAAGAACCAUUUCGUCACCACCGCGCUCUGCUGCCCGUCUCGGGUGAGUUUGUGGACGGGGCGACAAGCGCAUAACACAAAUGUGACGGAUGUGAAGCCGCCAUACGGCGGUUAUCCGAAGUUUGUGGAGCGAGGGUUUAACGAAAACUUCCUCCCUGUCUGGCUGCAGGAUGCAGGGUACGACACCUACUACACAGGUAAAAUGUUCAACUCCCACAAUGUGAACAAUUACAAUCAACCGUACAUCAACGGAUUCAACGGGUCGGAUUUUUUGCUGGACCCGUUCACCUAUUCAUAUCUCAAUUCUACCUACCAAAGAAACCAUGAACCCCCGGUCAGCUACGAGGGUCGCCAUACCACGGAAGUGAUCACAGAGAAGGCGCUGGGGUUCCUGGAAGACGGCCUGGCCGGAGACCGCCCGUUCUUCCUGGUUGUUGCACCGAUUGCACCACACGCCAACAUCGAUGUGAAAUCCUUGUCUGGGAGCGGUCCUCCAUCGAUCAUGUCAGAGCCAAUCCCGCUAGACCGCCACAAAGAUCUUUUUCCUGAUGUCAAGGUGCCUCGGACAAAGAACUUCAAUCCCGAAAAGCCGAGCGGAGUAAGUUGGGUUCACGACUUACCCAGGCAGGAUCAGGCGACCGUCGAUUACAAUGAUCAUUUCUACCGCCAACGCCUGCGUGCACUGCAGGGCGUUGAUGAGUUGGUUGAUUCUCUAAUCACUCGUCUGGAAGCCAGUGAUAAGCUGGAAGACACUUAUAUCAUCUAUACCUCUGAUAAUGGCUACCAUAUCGGACAACAUCGACUUCCGCCGGGCAAGGCAUGUGGAUUUGAAGAGGACAUCCGCGUGCCUCUAUUCAUUCGAGGGCCCGGCAUUCCCGAGGGAGGAUACCAGGACGCUGUCACCACACACAUCGACCUCGCGCCGACUCUUUUUGGGCUAGCGGGCCUUCCUUUGCGUGACGACUUUGACGGAACGCCUAUUCCUCUUGCGCCGCACUCAGUCGCCACCCGCCACGAGCACGUUACCGUCGAAUACUGGGGCCAUGCGUACCUCGAGGGGGAAAUGGGCGCCGUCGGUCCUGGCAACUCGCGUGCUGUUGCCAACAACACUUAUAAGUCUGUUCGUUUGAUCGGCGAGGGCUAUGACCUAUAUUAUUCCGUCUGGUGUAACAAUGAGCAUGAACUGUACAACCUUCACACGGACCCCUUUCAAGUCAAUAACCUCUACCCUCACCACGGAUACCGGAAGAACGCCGCCAACGAACCAACCAUCCUCGGAUAUCACAUCGACAAAGUCCGGGCCCGACUAGAUGCGCUUCUUUUAGUCCUCAAGUCCUGCAAGGGCUCAACGUGUAUUAACCCGUGGGAUGUCUUACAUCCAGACGGCUCGGUGAAAACCCUCCGGGACGCGUUGCACAAGCACUAUGAUGGAUUCUAUACGGCCCAGCACAAGGUGUCGUACGACCGGUGCGAGGCGGGAUAUCUCGUCGACGCAGAGGGGCCCCAGGUGCCCUUCAUACAUAGCGAUGGCCUCAGUUGGGAUGCCUGGGUAUAA